GCCCACAAAGUCUAACUUCCCCAUUGAGUUGUGUUGGGUUACAGCUUAGUACUGUCUGUUUCCUUAUAUCAAUCAAUGCGUCUCUUAAAUCCUCUCUGAACUCAACUCAACUCAACUCAACUCAACCAACACACUACCUACCUGGUACGUUCCUCGUGAGUUUUCUUUCCCAUUUCAAAGGAGGAUAUUAUUCACAUUAAAGGAAAAUGGGGCUUGCAAUCAAGGUUAACCCAGUUGAUUCUUAUAUGAGUGAGAAUUUGGAAAGUCCUUAUUCUGACGAUAAAAGAAUAAGGUUGGAAAGGCGAUGGAGGAGACGGGAGGCAAUGAAUAAUAGUUUGAAGCACAAUUGUUUCACUACUGCUACAAAGACAACUACGAAGACUUGUGGAAAUACUGAUGUUUUAAUUGAUAAAAAUGAUGAUUUGAUAGAUGAAGAUUGGCUAAUAGGUUUGAGUGUAUAUACAGGUGACAGUGGUGGUGAAAUGGAUGAAGAUUGCGGAUCCUUUUUGCCUACACAUGAUCCUGAUAUUCAAACUGGUGGCAGUUCAAAUGGCAACAACAAUGACAUUGAUGAAAUCGAUGCAGAUUACACAUCCUUUUUGGCUACUUAUAAUCAUGAUAUUGAAACUGAUUGUGCUACUAGUAACCAUAGUGGUGAUUCAAAUAUCAACAAGGACAGUGAUGAAGUGGAUUCAGAUUACGCAUCCUAUUUGGCUACUUAUAAUCAUGAUAUUGAAACUGAUUGUGCUAGUAAUCAUAGUGGUGAUUCAAAUAUCAACAAGGACAAUGAUGAAAUGGAUGCAGAUUACGCAUCCUAUUUGGCUACUUGUAAUCAUGAUAUUGAAACUGAUUGUGCUAGUCAUCAUAACAGUGAUUCAACUAUCAACAAGGACAGUGAUGAAGUGGAUGCAGAUUACGCAUCCUUUUUGUGUACACAUGAUCCUGAUAUUGAAACUGGUUGUGCAAGUAAUCAGAGUAGUGGUUCAAAUGGCAACAACAAUGACAGUGAUGAAAUGGACGCAGAUUAUGCAUCCUAUCUGGCUGCUUGUAAUCUUGAUAGUGAAACUGAUUGUGCUAGUAAUCAUAGUGGUAGUUCAAAUAUCAACAAGGACAAUGAUGAAGUGGAUGCAGAUUACGGAUCCUUUUUGCCUACAACAAAUGAUCCUGAUAUUGAAACUUAUUGCGCGAGUAAUCAUAGUGGCGGUUCACUAGUUUCUGAUGUAAAAUUUAAUGAAGAUUAUGAACAGUUCCUUAAUUCUGUGACUAUUGUUGAUGACGAUAACGAGUAUUUUCGUGAUAAGAAUGCCACUAACACAUCCAAUGUGGAGGAUGAUAGUAAUUCCUCUGAUUCAGAUCUAAUUAUUUUGGAUUCUUUUCCAAUCUGUGGAAACACCCCUUUCGUUUCUUCAAAGACAUAUGAUUCAUCAUGUUUUGGAGAAGAAACGAACCCCGAAGACAACAAGCAAAUAGCUGCUUAUGAUCAUUCUCAAUUUAGGAGAACACUUAUGGAAUGUCUUGAAAGGCCUUAUGACGAAGAAGAGUAUGAUGACCUUCUGCUCAAAGUAUCUAAACAAGCGAAAAAAGAACGUCAUCUAGAAACACGGCAGGGGGUGGUUAAAUCAUAUCACUGUGAAGGUCUCAGCAAAUCAUAUCUUGAUACGCACCCCGAUCUAGUAAAAGUUAUUGCCCAGUUCAAGGAACAGCAUAGGGUUUUGUUUCUCUUGCGAGGAUUUUUUUUCUGGUUGCAAAGAGUGAGCCUCGCUGGAAGAUUUCAGCCUUGGCGUGACGAAACAUGUUUGGAGAUAUUGCGGAAAAUGUAAAAAUGGAAUCUUUUAUAUCUAGGAUUUGGAAGCAAUAUGGUUUUUAAAUCUAUACAGGCAGCAGUGUGUAUGUACAGUUAAACUUAUCACUGAACUAUAUGACAAUGUAUGCAGUAGCUGAAAGUUAAAGUUACUUCCUUGACAGCUCUUUGAGUAAGAAAACAAAUACAUUAAUGGUUUUUUCUCUUUCCAA